GCGGAGGGGCUCUGCUGCCGCCAUGAACAGCGUGGGGGAGGCGUGCACGGAGCUGAAGCGCGAGUACGACCAGUGCUUCAACCGCUGGUUCGCCGAGAAGUUUCUGAAGGGCGAGAACGACGGGGACCCCUGCGGACAGCUCUUCAAGCGCUACCAGCUCUGCGUGCAGAAAGCGAUCAAGGAGAAGGACAUACCCAUCGAAGGGCUGGAGUUCAUGGGCCCAAGCAAAGGGAAAGCUGAAAAUUCCUCUUGACUUCAGCAGAAUGGAGGAAGUCGUUCAUGUGAGCCUCUGGGCUGAGAGCGCUGACCACCCAGCAGCCGGGACGCACCUGGAUAGCGCUUUGCUAAGCUGCUUCCUCAGUGUAGCAUUCUGGGGAGUGGGGUGUCUUCUAUGCCUGUAAAAACAAACUACCACAAACCAAAAGACUUCAUGACGUGGUACCUGCUGCCUCCUUUCCAAUGAAUCGUGGUGGUGGUUCGGUUUAUAACAGUGCAGAAAGAUGAUUUAACUAACUUCUGUCGAAUGUACUUUAUAAUGGGAGAUGUUGAACUUAUAGUUUCUCUCUGACCCAUUUCUCUUGCUUAUUUAUAUAACUUUUGGAAGUGUUUAACAAGAAGGUUGAUGUACUUUGUCUCAUCUCUGAGGUGCUGAAUUUGGGUGGAAGAAUUCUGGUUGAUAUGAUCCCAAAUGCCAAGAGGCUAAAGCACAGCUUUUGCCAGUAACAGAGAUGGUGUAAAAGCACUUUUGCUGGACUUGCAAUAACUUAAAUGAAAUAAAUAUAACAAGUUACAUUUUGUUCAAGCAGAUAACUGUCUGGUAGCGUCUGAUUACGACCUCCAAGAGGGACAGAGGCAGCCCGUAACAGAACUGGAUGAACAGUUAAUGCAGAGGCCACUUUCCUUGGCCUUUCCUGAGGUACUGAAGUAAUCCUGAAUUUGAAUUCUUGCUCCUUUAGUGUAAUGUGUCACCGCAGUAGAACUGCACAGGCCUGGCCAUCUUUGUACACGCUACCACGGAGCACCAGGUUGGCCACAGCUACUCUUACAUUUUUGAUUGAGGUAAUCAAAGUAUGUGUUGAAUGAGAGUGAUGCUGAACGGAAGCUUUAAAACUGAUAAGUUAAAAGCCCCAGUAGCUUGUCGUGCCUCUUGGGGGACCUCGCCUGCUUAUGAAGCUGCUCCCGGACUGUGUCCACUUUACACCUAGUAAAGCAAACGAAAGUUAUUUGUUGGUCUUAAUGUGUUGACUUGUAAACUUGCAGAAACUCCACGUAAGUUAUUAAGCAAUUUGGUAGUGGAUUUUGAAGAAGUGAGAUGGUUGGCUAACUUACCAGAUGCCCCAUCUGAGUGUGUUUGUGUCACUCUUUUGUGCAACUUGGCUGAGUAGCAGACACUUUGGUUUUUCCUAAAAUGAGUAUCUGAAAUUUUCUUCCUUUGAAUGUAGAAAAGUAAAGGAGGCUUAGCAAAAAGAGUAGGCUGGUGUGUAUUUUCCCAUCUAGAUGUGAAGGAGUUGUUAGGAAUUACCCUUCUCCUCUCCAAAUGUUUUCUAUUUGGUCCACCCUGAUAUUUCAGCAGCAAAGCUUCCUCCGCUCCUGCAGAUCUUGCAACAGCUUAGAGAGAAAGGGUGCUUGGAGGAGAAGUGCGAGCUCAGGACUCACCCCACCUCAUCCUGUGGCCCUGUGAGCACUGUGGCAGGAAUGGGCAGAACUGUCCCCUCUACACUAACACAGGUAAAAGAUAUUCUGUGCUGGGGACAAAACAGGGGUAAAUUAAUUCUCUUGGAAUUAUACGAGAUGAAAAUGGUGAACGCCACCUCCUUGGCUCUUACACACUACCUGAAGGGUGACUCAGGUUUUACUUUUUUUUUAAUUAAAAAGUUGGGAGUUCUCAAACUGAAGUGCUGGCUUGUCUACACCACAGCUUCUAAGUAAUAACUGCGAGCAAAGAGAGGUUUGAGGCUUGUGCAGCUCAGGAACUGCAGCACACUGGGGUCAUUGUUCCCCGUGUCCUCAGCAAUGGCAGUGGCUCAAGCACGGUCACAUAGCCUGCAUUAACCACACGCCUCGUGUGCAUGAGGCAGCUGGCAAAACAGUCUGUGCAGAGAUUAAGUGUAGCACUUACAAAGUAAGCUGUUAAUGCUUACUGCUGGGUCGCUCGGUAUAAAUGGAACUAUCAGUUGGUAAGUUGAGACACGUCUUUCUUAGAGCACCAUAAUUAACAUUUUAUGGUCUGCCAAGUAUGCAGCUUUUUUGAGUAACACAUAAAACUGCUUUGCUUUUCUAUAAUCUUCAUAUAAGAAUAAAUGCAUUUUUGACAGUUAACUUUAAAGUAACUAUGCCUACUGGUGCCUUGUUCUAUGCAUUAUCAUAAGCUUGUCUUAAGUCAUUUUAUUAUAGUGCUCUUCUGAGCUAAGUGGAAGAAAUAAAUAGCAUUGAAACA